AUCCCGGUCUUCAUUCCCGAAGACACCAUUAUCUGAAGAUGGCAAGGCUGACUCUCACCUCUUACACUGUUGUUUUUGCCGUGGCGCUGCUCUCAAAGUGCUACACGAUAGCUGCCUCCAGCGCUAUACCCACAGGAAAGCAGGACGAAGGUAGGGCAGAGCAGGUCUUGAAUUCAGUCAUGGGUGGAGAGGCAAUGGCUGAGAAUUCCAUCGAUGCCCUGGCCUCCAACCAGAACCCUACCUGGGACAGUGGCCUGGUCGAGGAAGAGGGGAGAGCAAAGAGCUUCGUCACAAACUUUGAUCUGAAAGGACUCUCCAGGGGUACUUGGAGCCCUGCCCUUCUUCAAGUUCUGCGCUUCCCCAAGAUAAAGGAAGUAGGCGCCACGUCACCUGAACAGAUCAAUGUUGAAGAGCGCAGAGGGGCAGACGAGCAAAUCUCCAUUCAGAGGAAAGACUUCACCAUGCACAACUGCAUGCUGGGAAGAAUGUACAGACCGUGCUGGCAGCUGUAGGAGAGACGAAGCAAAGUACGGUCACCUGGAACCCCGUUCCUGGCACUCUUUAUAAACAGACCCAUGAUAUUCCACAGAGGAGUUCUGACAAAUAGUAAAAACUGGACAUGUAAAAGAAAAUAAAGUUUAAAAGUUUAAUAAAAUUAUUUGGAAAUGUGCAAA